AAUAAAUUAAUCUUAAAUAAAUCAUGUUUUGUCCGUACAAAAACUCGUAUUUACAACUGGUAUGUGCCAUGAACCCAAAAUUAUUGAAUAAGGCAGUGGAUCAAGCUAUGGGGAAAAAAGAAUUUGACCCCCAUACAGAACGGCCGCCAGCCCAAAGGCUAGUUUCCAUGCAGCCCUCGCUAUACGCGCCACUUGUCGACGUGACUCGCGCUCGUCUCGGCUUCGGUCGCAACGGGCUAAGAAUUGUCAACAGAGAACUGCACUCUCCGGACCAUUUGGUGCAAUUGCAAGCGCUACAUAGUGUGCUGGAUCAAGUGCAAAUAUCAGAAAAUGCAAUGUACCUAAUAAACAUUCACUUGGUGUAUCGGUUGAUAGACUUAAUGCGUAAUGAAGAUCCUGUCAUUCGAGAAAAGGUUUGCCUGAUUCUGACCACGUUGGCGACUUACCGCCAAGGGAGAGAAAGGAUUAUGACUCGACCGAGAAUUAUUAAAAAUCUCAUGUGGCUUAUCCUCAGAGAUAGAAAGGAAAUAAGAUUUGUCGCGGCGAAUGCGUUAAAAUCAUUGACAGAACACAGAUGCUCUCUAGCAAAGAUACUGGAAAACAAAACUAUCGUUGAAGAUUUACUGCGAAUGGUUGUCAAUGACCACAAGGGAAUUGUAGCGAUACAUCUGAAUACAAUUACUAAUCUUGCUGAUUGGGAUGCGGAGAGACCAUUGAAAGCGAAUGCUUUUCAAAUCAUGAUGCAGUUAUUUGAAGAUGACGACCCAAAAAUAAUAUCAGGAGCAAUGGACUGUAUGACGCAGCUCUGCAAACAUGAAGUUGGUAAAACUCUAGCUGAUACGCAUGACCUGACUUUUGUUUUGCGUCCCUAUCUGAUACAUAAUUCAGCAGAAGUGAGAAUCAGUGCAGUAGCUUUAAUGUGUUACACGACGAUCACAACGCGGUCGAAAUGGCGCGCAAAAGAAGUUUGCGAGGAAUUGACUAGAGUGCUCGUGAAUUUAUGCUACAGGUCGAAUAAGCCCUUGCUUCAAAUUAGCGCUAUGCAAGUUUUGAUCAAUUUGUGCGACUGUCCUGAUGUUAGGAGCCAUAUGAAGUGGCAUUGGGAGAAGCGAGUGAAACAAAUACGCAUACGAACUCACGAAGAGUGGGACGGCACAACGGAAACUUCUAGUUACGGUUUGGAAACUGGGCACAAUUAUCGAACUAUGUGCAUAGAAAAAGUAGAAACUAUUAAAAAUGAUUUCGGAGACAACGCCGAGGUGGUAAACGUACAUAGCUAUUUACGACGAAUACAUGAAGUCAAGGAACGCUUAUUAUAUGCAAUUAAUUGGCAAUCUUAUAGGGAUUGAAAUGAAACGACAAUAAUAAUUUUGGAAGCA